AUGGAAGCUCAAGAAUCAACGGGAAGGACCCAAAUCUGGGCUCGACCAAGUAUUCCGUACAUAAAUCCAGAAGAGCACUCAAUAAUAUUUCAACAGUUCGAGAUCGAUGAAUGCAUUGAUCCUCAUUCUGCAUCUAGAUCACCGAUGAUUCGUAUGUUUGGCUUGACAGAGGCAGGGAACAGUGUUUUAUGUUACGUAAAGGGAUUCCUACCUUAUUUUUAUAUCCCUGCCCCGAAUGGAUUUAAAAGUGGUGAUGUCGCUGAAUUUAAGUCUAAUCUUGAACAAGAAGCUUCUUCAGGAGGACGAGAAUUAUUGAAUAGGGUUGAAGUUAAAUUUAAAGAAACUAUACAAGGAUUUCAUGGAAAGCAAAAGUGCCCGUUCCUCAAACUUUCUUUUGUCGAUACAAAAACGUUAAAUGUCGCUAGGCGUAUAAUUGAAGAUGGGAAUUUUACUUUUAAAGGUAGAGAAGUCGGAGCAAUAACAUUUGAAAGCAAUAUUAAAUAUGUUUUGCGGUUCAUGAUCGAUUGCAAGGUAACUGGGGCUAAUUGGAUUGAGUUGCCACCAAAGACUUAUCGUUUUUGUGCAGAAUUUGAAAAAUAUUCACAUUGUCAGCUAGAAAUUAUUACAAGUCAUCCUCCCGAAGGAGAUUGGUUAAAGAUUGCGCCAUUACGCAUUUUGAGUUUUGACAUCGAAUGUGCUGGACGCAAAGGAAUAUUUCCUGAAGCGGCACAAGAUCCAGUAAUUCAAAUUGCCAACAUGGUCACAAUUCAAGGUGAAAAGAGCCCCAUCAUUAAAAACGUCUUUACGUUAAAUUCAUGUUCGCCAAUUGUUGCGACGGACGUUUUAGAAUAUUAUAAUGAAGGUAAUAUGCUACAGGCAUGGUGCGAUUUUGUCGUUGAGGCAGAUCCUGAUGUUAUAAUUGGAUAUAAUAUCGCGAAUUUUGACUUACCAUAUCUAAUUGACAGAGCUUAUCAUUUGAAAGUUACAAGAUUUCCGUAUUUUGGUCGUAUUAAGGGUGAUUACAUAGUUAUGCUUAAAAGAUUAGAGUGGAACGGCGAAAUAAUUUCACCGCUAGUGGUUAUGCAACGUGACCACAAGCUUAGAUCAUAUACCCUUAAUUCUGUCUGUGCUCAUUUUUUAGGUGAACAAAAAGAAGAUGUCCAUCAUUCUAUCAUCACAGAUUUGCACAAUGGGAAUCCAGAGUCACGACGUCGUUUAGCAAUUUAUUGUUUAAAGGAUGCCUAUCUGCCUCAAAGACUUAUGGAUAAACUCAUGUGCCUGAUUAAUUACUUGGAAAUGGCUCGCGUAACCGGUGUACCUUUUAGUUACCUUUUAUCCCGUGGUCAGCAAAUUAAAGUUAUUUCGCAAUUGUACAGAAAGGCAAUUGAACAAGACUUUGUUAUACCUGCACGGAAAAACGUAGAUGGAACGGAUGAACCAUUUGAAGGGGCAACUGUGAUUGAUCCAGAGAAAGGAUUUUAUAAUGUUCCAAUUGCAACACUUGAUUUUAGUUCUCUGUAUCCAUCAAUAAUGAUGGCACAUAAUCUUUGUUAUUCGACAAUGGUAGAUCAAAGGGAAAUAGAUAAUUUAGGUUUAAAGAAUGAUAGUGACUAUAUAGUUACGCCAUAUCAGUCAGCACGAUUUGUAAAAGCAGAGGUUCGAAAAGGACUUUUACCCACAAUUCUUGAAGAUUUACUUUCAGCACGUAAAAAAGCAAAAGCUGAUCUCAAAAAUGAGACGGAUCCCUUCAAAAGAGCGGUCUUAGACGGGCGUCAAUUAGCUUUAAAGGUGAGUGCGAACUCAGUUUACGGCUUUACUGGCGCAUCAGCAGGUCAAAUGCCUUGCCUUGAAAUUUCAGCAAGUGUCACAGCGUACGGGCGUCAAAUGAUUGAGCAGACCAAGCGGGAAGUAGAAAGUCGAUUUACUAUUGAGAACGGCUAUACACAUGAUGCUCAAGUUAUUUAUGGUGAUACUGAUUCUGUUAUGGUUAAAUUUGGUGUGGACAAUUUAGAUGAUACUAUGAAACUAGGUCAAGAGGCAGCUGAAUAUGUCACAGGGAAAUUUUUAAGGCCAAUAAAGCUAGAAUUUGAAAAAGUAUAUUUUCCAUAUUUGUUAAUCAACAAAAAACGAUAUGCUGGUUUAUAUUGGACAAAUCCCAAAAAGUGGGAUAAAUUAGACACCAAAGGCAUUGAGACAGUUAGACGUGAUAACUGUCUACUUGUUCAGAAUGUCAUCGAAACGUGCUUAAGAAAGGUGUUGAUUGAUCGUGACGUUUCUGGGGCCGUUGCAUACGCUAAGAAAACCAUCUCAGAUUUGCUACAAAACAAAAUUGAUAUGUCACAACUUGUAAUAACUAAAGCCUUAAGUAAAUCAGAUUAUUCUGCUAAACAACCGCAUGUAGAAUUAGCUGAACGUAUGCGCAAACGUGACCCUGGUUCUGCACCGACGCUAGGUGAUCGCGUGGCUUACGUUAUUAUAAAGGGCACUAAAGGUGCAGCCGCUUACGAAAAGUCGGAAGAUCCAAUAUAUGUAUUAGAAAAUAAUAUACCAAUUGACACCAGUUAUUACUUGGAAAACCAGCUAUCCAAACCAUUAUUACGAAUUUUCGAACCUAUUUUAGGUGACAAAGCAGAAUCUUUACUCAUUGUCCCAACAUGUUUGGGUUGUAAAGUUCCUUUAACAAAAGAUGCAGGUUCGGUGGUAUGUCGUCAUUGCAAGCCAAAGUUGGGUGAACUAUACCAGAAACAGCUGGGUACUGUUAAUGAGUUCGAAACCCGUUUCGCCCGAUUAUGGACUCAAUGCCAAAGGUGUCAAGGAAGUUUGCAUCAAGAUGUUCUAUGUAGUUCUAGAGAUUGUCCGAUCUGGUAUAUGAGAAAAAAGGCUCAAAAAGAUGUACAAGACGCAUCAGCUGUUCUUGAAAAGUUUAAUUGUACAUGGUGA